AUGACUUUCUGCAAAGAUGAAUGUUGUUCUUUAGGAGUUCUAUCCCGGAGCAUGCUGCACGUCUCACAGUCUCUGUCUCUCUCUCGGUCUGUCCAGGAGGAGAAGGACGGUGAGCCGCCCAAGGACUCUCUGGACGAUCUCUUUCCUAACGAUGAGGAGGAACACUCUCAAGGAAUGCAGCAGCACAACAGUGCGGCGGUGGCGGCGGCGCAGGGCGGCUACGAGAUCCCCGCGCGGCUGCGGACGCUGCAUAACCUGGUGAUCCAGUACGCGUCUCAGGGCCGCUACGAGGUGGCUGUGCCACUCUGCAAACAAGCUCUGGAGGAUCUGGAGAAAACCUCGGGACACGACCAUCCAGACGUGGCCACCAUGCUCAACAUCCUGGCACUCGUGUACAGGGAUCAGAAUAAAUAUAAAGAGGCGGCUCACCUGCUGAACGACGCUCUCUCCAUCAGAGAGAAAACACUGGGCAAAGACCAUCCUGCUGUUGCAGCCACUCUCAAUAAUCUGGCAGUGCUGUACGGGAAGAGAGGCAAGUAUAAGGAGGCCGAGCCGCUGUGUAAACGAGCUCUGGAGAUCCGAGAGAAGGUGCUGGGGAAGGAUCAUCCUGACGUGGCGAAGCAGCUGAAUAACCUGGCGCUGCUGUGUCAGAAUCAGGGCAAGUAUGAGGAGGUGGAGUAUUAUUACUGCAGAGCGCUGGAGAUCUACGAGUGUCGGCUCGGCCCAGACGACCCCAACGUGGCCAAAACCAAGAACAACCUGGCGUCCUGCUUCCUCAAACAAGGCAAAUACAAAGAAGCCGAGGUCCUGUACAAAGAGAUUCUGACCCGCGCUCACGAGAAGGAGUUCGGAUCGGUGGAUGCUGAAAACAAGCCCAUCUGGAUGCACGCGGAAGAGAGAGAGGAGAUGAGCAAGGGGAAACACAGAGACAACACGCCGUACGGGGAAUACGGAGGCUGGUACAAAGCCUGUAAAGUCAACAGGUAA